UAUCAAAUUGACCCCACAAAUUUCCUAACCCUUCAUUGCUCACAUCGCCAAAGGCCAGUGACUGAUCGUCGAUUUCUUGCCCAAAUCAUUUUCAAGUUUCCCAUAUUCUGCACCGUCUGAUCGCUGAUCGCGAACUCCUCUUCUGCAAUUGCUGCGAUUAUGGUGAAGAAAGGGGUGCCGGAUUGGCUCAACAGUUCGCUCUGGUCAUCCCCUCCGCCGCCGCCGCCUCCCUCGCCUCCGCCGCCGCAGCCCAGCGUCGUGGCGAAGCCCACUGUCGACCCUCCUGUUCCGAUUCCGCCUCCGUCCGUGGCGAGGCCUUCCGAGCAUACGGUUUCGCCCUCGUCUCACACGGCCAGUGUCGCCAAGCCAGAAAUUAGGGAUCCGUUGUGUGGGCAGUUUGGGAAUACUAGCAGCGUCCAUCAUAGCGAUGAUGAAAGUGGUGGCUCGUCCGCGAAUUCCAUGGCCUCUGUCGGUGGUGUUGCGGCUCCUCCGGCAGCUCAGGAUCUUUCCAGGCGAGCUCAGAUUUUACAAGAGCUGUCCAAGAAGGUUAUAAACAUGGGUGAAUUGCGGAGGCUGGCAUCGCAAGGGAUACCUGAUGGAGCUGGUAUUCGUGCAACAGUAUGGAAGCUAUUAUUAGGGUAUCUCCCAGCUGAUCGUUCUCUUUGGCCUUCAGAAUUGGCCAAGAAAAGAUCACAGUACAAGAAUUUUAAAGAAGAGCUGUUGAUGAGCCCUUCAGAGAUUACCCGGAGGUUGGAAGACUCGAGUCUUGAGAACUAUGAACUAAAUGGUAAGGGGUAUUUGUCGAGAUCUGAGAUAAGUCAUGGGGAGCAUCCAUUAAGUCUUGGGAAGAGUAGCGUAUGGAAUCAGUUCUUCCAGGAUUCUGAAGUUAUUGAGCAGAUUGACCGAGAUGUUAUGCGCACUCAUCCAGACAUACACUUCUUCUCAGGGGACUCAAUUUUUGCUAAAUCCAACCAAGAGUCUAUGAGGAACAUCUUGAUUGUGUUUGCAAAGUUGAAUCCUGGAUUGAGAUAUGUUCAAGGGAUGAAUGAGCUUUUGGCACCAUUAUUCUAUGUAUUCAAGACUGAUCCAAAUGAUGAAAAUUCGCAGGCGUAUGCUGAAGCAGACAGUUUCUUCUGUUUUGUGGAACUAUUGAGUGGAUUACGGGACAAUUUUGUUAAACAGCUUGAUAACAGUGUUGUGGGGAUCCGUGCUACCAUUACAAGAUUGUCCCUGCUUCUGAAGGAGCAUGAUGAGGAAUUGUGGCGUCACCUUGAGAUGACAACACAAGUCAAUCCCCAGUUUUAUGCUUUCCGAUGGAUUACACUCCUAUUGACUCAAGAAUUUAAUUUUGCCGACAGUCUAGUCAUCUGGGAUACACUUCUGAGUGAUCGUGAUGGUCCUCAAGAAACACUGCUCCGGGUUUGUUGUGCAAUGCUCAUCAUUGUGAGGAGACGUCUGCUGGCAGGCGAUUUCACUUCAAAUCUUAAGUUACUGCAGAAUUAUCCAUCAACAAACAUCAGCCACCUCCUCUAUGUUGCCAACAAAUUGAGGGUUCCCUUGUCGGGCUGAGCUUUGUGAUCCUUUUGGUGGUUAUUGGUUUCGUGUAUGAUGUUGUUUUCUGUAAGAAGGAUGGAUGUGGUUGUACAUGUAGUUUGGUAAUAGGCAUUGCUCUUUUAGAACUUAGCAUUUUCCCAUGUUUCUGGAAUAUCUUGGACACAUAUUAAAUGCACAAUACGAGUUACUUCUAUCUCAGGUUUUCUUUUUCAAAACCUUUUAAAGGUUUGCAUUUAGGUCUU